AUGGAGGACCUUAACUUGUCCACCUUAAACUACUCCACCUCCAAUGCCUUCUUCCUCAGUCCUCCAGCCUUCUCCUGGAACCGUGUAAAUCUAGCCUCUAGCGUGGUCUUGUCUCUCUGCUUCCUAAUCGGAGUUCCAGGGAACAUCGCAGUGAUGUUCAAACUUCAUCUAAACCAAAAUCUAUCCAGUUUGAGCCGGAGACUGAUGUUGAACUUGGCUGUAUCUGACUUGUCUUGCCUCAUCACCCUACCUAUGUGGAUCUACAGCAUUUUCUUCAACUGGGUGCUAGGCCUGGUGGCUUGUUAUGUCUUUAUCUACCUGGCCUACUGUAGCGCCUACACCAGCCUGCUGUCUGUUACUCUACUGAGCAUCCAGCAUUACCUGCAGGUCCUCUUUCCACAGACUUGGGGCAGACUGGGAGUGGCAAAGGAGAGGGGGCUGCUGGUUGUCGUGUGGGGGAUAGCCGGGGUCCUGGCUAUCCCUAAAUCAGUGGUGUUGCGCAAGUUGAAGCAAGAUGAAAGUGGACAGGUUCAGUGUGAGUAUGUUUUCGCAUCAGAUGAUCAGAACGUGGCAGUGCUGCUUCUAGAGACUGUCCUGGGAUUUGUAGUUCCCUUCUCCAUGAUGGCCACUGCUUAUACCUGCCUCCACAGAAUGGUGAAUCAAACAGCUUUCUUUAGGAGCCCCAGGAUGACCAGAUUAGUGAGCCUCAUCGUUGGGACCUUCAAAGUUCUAUGGACUCCUCACCAUAUAAUGAAUGUGCUGGGAGUGGUGGCCAUCUUGGCUAAGAAUAAGGCUCUGAGAGGGUUCUGGAAAGCCAAUUGGGAAAUUGUUGGAUCUCUGACCUACAUCAACAGCUGCUUGGAUCCAUUCCUCUACGCCUUUGCCUCUAGAAACACCAGACAGCCAGAGAACAGUGUGCCAACUCCAGGGUGACUCAGUAGUCAUCAUUGAUCCCAAUGCCACGAUCUUGUAAGAUUGCCAGCCAAUCAUUGGUCAUUUCAACAGUGUAAUAUGUUGUUUUACUUUAUGACUUCAUGAUUAUAAUAAUAAUAAUAAUAAUAUGCCAUUUAGCAGACGCUUUUAUCCAAAGCGACUUACAGUCAUGCGUGCAUACAUUUUUUUUUUGUGUGUUUUUUGUGUUUUAUUUAAGUAUCUGUAUGUGAUAUACUUAUUUUCUGUGUAUUUGAGUAUUGAACUGGAACAAAUUCAUAGGCUGCUUGGUUAUACAAGAUUCUCCAGAUAAUUUAAGAUAAACACAUCGUCAUCUGUGGUUUCACAUAAACAGUUCAGUAUAUUCAAAGGGCCCAUGCAAAGUCUCACUGACACACAACAUCUAACCAGGGCCUUUCCGUAACUACCAACUCACUAAGACUAUAUUUGGAUAGCAAAUUCACUGGACAGAAAAACAGGUCUUCAGAGUACUGUGACAUCCCGUGACAGAUGGAAACUGUACUGCAUACUGAAAGCCUGUUACGUAGAACCAGUCGACCAGUCAGUUAGUCUCAAUAGCUAGGUUUCCAACCAAUUGGCAACAGAUUUUAAUGCGAAUAUUCUAAAAUCCUGAGAAAAUAUGUGAAUUUUCCAAACAAUGGUGUGUUUCCACCAAACGGACUUGUGAAUAAUGACGUAGUGCACAUAAAAAGCAAUUUUUCAUUUAAGUUUACAUGUACUAAUAAACAAAUUUGAAGUUCAAUGUGUUUCCAUCGCAUUUUCCACUAUUAAUAGUUUUGUCACAAAAACUGUUGCCUACUCUGGUCUUGGAACGUGCACUCUAGUGUCAACAGAUACAGAUACAGAUACAGGCUAGUCUACAUGAUACAGUGUGGGUAGGCUAGUCUACAUGAUACAGUGCGGGUAGGCUAGUCUACAUGAUACAGUGCGGGUAGGCUAGUCUACAUUUUACAGUGUGGGUAGGCUAGUCUACAUGAUACAGUGCGGGUAGGCUAGUCUACAUUAUACAGUGUGGGUAGGCUAGUCUACAUGAUACUGUGCGGGUAGGCUAGUCUACAUGAUACAGUGCGGGUAGGCUAGUCUACAUGAUACUGUGCGGGUAGGCUAGUCUACAUGAUACAGUGCGGGUAGGCUAGUCUAUAUGAUACAGUGCGGGUAGGCUAGUCUACAUGAUACAGUGUGGGUAGGCUAGUCUACAUGAUACAGUGCGGGUAGGCUAGUCUACAUGAUAUAGUGUGGGUAGGCUAGUCCACAGAUACAGUGUGGGUAGGCUAGUCUACAUGAUACAGUGCGGGUAGGCUAGUCUACAUGAUACAGUGCGGGUAGGCUAGUCUACAUGAUGAGAUUAUUAUGGAUAAGAGGGAUAAUAUUAUUUGUCAAACAGCAGUCAAGCAUCGAUCAUCAUGUACUCAUGUACGCUGAGUAUAUGAGUAUACAUAUAUAUAUAUAUGUACAAGCUGGUAGAGCACGGCGCUUGUAACGCCAAGGUAGUGGGUUCGAUCCCCGGGACCACCCAUACACAAAAAUGUAUGCACGCAUGACUGUAAGUCGCUUUGGAUAAAAGCGUCUGCUAAAUGGCAUAUCAUAUUAUUAUUAUAUUAUUAUAUCAAACAUUAAGAACACCUUAAUGAAAACCCCAGGAUGACCAAGCUAGUUAGCAGCACUGUUGUGACUUUCUUUGUCCUAUGGACUCCUCUCCACGUCAUUAUCCUGCUGGGAGUGGCGGCCAUCUUGGUCAACGAUAAGGCUCUACUAGAGUUUUGUGAAGCCAGUUUCAACUUUGUUGGAGCACUGACCUUCAUCGACAGCUGUGUGGAUCCAUUCCUCUAUGCCUUUGCCUCACAAAACACCCAGCCAGUAUCCACCAGUAGUCACCACUCAUCCCAAAGCCACAAUCUUGUAGAAUUUGAGCCACUCAUUGGUAAUUUCAAAAGUUUAAUAUAUUAAUGAGUUUAAAUACAUUAUUAUUUAAGUAUUUGAUAUCCUUAUUUUCUGUGUAUUUUAGUAUUUUCAAAUACACAGCCAACUACUUACAUUAGAAGUAGUUGUAAAUACAUGCCAAUACUUUCCAAAUGUAUUUGCAAAUACAUUCCAAUAUUCAAUUUAAAGGCAAUGCAACUGAUAGAUUAAUUAUUAAUGACUAAUUAUUACACCCUGAAACUGUGUAUAAUGUGUUAGAAAUGUGUGAGUGUAGGACCAGUAAAGGCUAUGGCAUUGAGCCACUAUUUAGCAAUGUGAGUAAGAGUUAGGCCAGACAACAAAGACAACUGAGAAACUAAGAUAAAGAGGCCUCCCAAUUUAGGGAGGGGAGAAACUGUUAUGAAAACAUGGUGCAGAAUAUUGUGAGAACGGCAAUAACUGAGUAAAGCAGGGAGUAGGAUAUGUGUGUGUGUGUGUGUAUGUAUGUGUGUAUGCAUGUGUGUAUAUGUGUGUGAACUGAAGGUCAGUAGAGCAGUUUUAGAGUGGAAAACUACAGCCCGCCUACAGAGGGAAGGGAUUUCUUUUUGUAUGACGUAUGAGUAUAAAAGAUGGACUCUGAAAUUGUGAUGGCAGAAUUCUCAAUGAAUAAAUAUCUCUGACUAUGCAGACUGGGACUCUGGCCAUUACUUAAAUCCCAAAAGACUUACAACCUUUUGGGAGACGCACAGAGAAACUGAAAUAGUUUGUUAAAUAAUUCACAUAACAGCAACGAACUACGAAUUGAGUGUAUGUAAACUUCUGAUCCACUGGGAAUGUGAUGAAAGAAAUAAAAGCUGAAAUAAAUCAUUCUCUCUACUAUUAUUCUGACCUUUCACAUUCUUAAAAUAAAGUGGUGUUCCUAACUGACCUAAAACAGGGAAUUUUUACUAGGAUUAAAUGUUAGGAAUUGUGAAAAACAGAGUUUCAAUGUAUUUGGCUAAGGUGUAUGUAAACUAUCGACUUCAACUGUAGAUGUUCCCCUAGCCAGAAGUCAGAAUGGAGUAGGUAGAUGUUCCCCUAGCCAGAAGUCAGAAUGGGCUAGGUAGAUGUUCCCCUAGCCAGAAGUCACUCACCUAUAAGUGGUGUCAGUGCAGAGGUGAACACAGAGCUGCUCUGGACUACGAAUGUCAUCCCUGCUCCCACAAACAUGGCCAGGUAGCCCGCCAGCCAGCCAAACGGAUACGGCAAGUCUAAAUGAAAAUGGUUAGAGCAAGAUCCUGAUGAGGUUUGUCUGUCUGAAAAUCUUCCCAGUGGAUUUCAUAAAUAGGCAGGGUUUAGACAUAAUUAUGACUUUGUUGCUGUGGUAACUAGUAGCGACCCUGAUUAGGUCUGUCCGUCUGUCUGUUCGUCUGGCCGUCUGGACAUUUGCAUGUCAGUCUGUCUGUCUGUCUGUCUGCAUGUCCAUCUGUCCGUCCAUCUGCAUGUCUGUCUGUCCGUCUGUCUGUCUUGUCCGUCUAAAAUGUAUUGCUAGUGGAGAUGAUAUUUAGUACGCUCAGACUUGACAUUCUCAUAUAUUGUAAGUCAAAAUCUUGCAAUCUAUCUCCGGCCGGCGCCUACCUGUGUUGAUGACCUUCUGGAUGACCUUUGCCACUUGACCUUGGAGGAGGGAGUUGAGCAGCUUGACCAGGAGCACCAGGCAGGUGCAGAGCAGGGCCAGGGAGCCGGCCAGGAGGAUCAGCCCUACCGCCAGGUCUGA